GAUGGAGGAAGGCACCUCCAGGAGCAUGAGUGACACAGAGCACUGGGGCUGCGUCCCAGUGUCCCCAGAGUGGCAGGUGAACGGGGUGCUGUGGGGAAGCAGAGGCUAAGGAUCCCGCUCUUGUGGGAGAGCUUGGCCCUGCCACCACAUCGGGGGGGCCUAUGUGUCCUCGCCCCUGUUGUUGUUGGGCCCAGAGCUCUGCCCCCUCCCCGGACUCCUAUGAACCUCAGAAGUGUGACCUUGCUUCUGGAAGAUGGAGAUGCCCCCACCCAAGAGCUGCCCCACUACGUGCCCCCUCUUGUGCCCCCAGUGGUGGCCUCCCCAGGCAUGGUCGUGCAGGGCUUGGUGAGGCCACUUCCUGUGACGGUUGCUGAAGCGGGAGGUGGGGGAAGGGCAGCAGAGGAAGGAAACACCCCAGCCUGCCUCCUUGGACAGGGGCACACCUCAUGGCUGAGUGAGCUUCCCUGAGCCCAGCACUGCCCAGCAUGGUCCAGGCCUGUAGGGGGCACCCCACAGCACAGCCUCCCACCUCCUCACCAGGGGCCACCAUGGCCCAGCCAUCUCCCGCCAAAGCACCCGCCAAGAAGCACGUGCGGCUGCAGGAGAGGCGGGGCUCCAACGUGUCUCUGAUGCUGGAUGUGCGUUCCCUGGGCGCUGUGGAGCCCAUCUGCUCUGUGAAUACCCCCCGUGAGGUGACACUGCACUUUCUGCGCACGGCUGGACACCCCCUCACCUGCUGGGCCCUGCAGCACCAGCCCCCAACCCCUCAGCAGCUGGAAGAAGAAUUCCUGAAGAUUCCCUCUAACUUCAUCAACCCAGAAGACCUGGACAUUCCUGGCCAUGCCUCCAAGGACCGCUACAAGACCAUCUUGCCAAAUCCUCAGAGCCGUGUCUGUCUUGGCCGGGCUCAGAGCCAAGAAGAUGGCGACUAUAUCAAUGCCAACUACAUCCGGGGCUACAAUGGGCAGGAGAAGGUCUACAUCGCCACCCAGGGCCCCAUGCCCAACACUGUGUCGGACUUCUGGGAGAUGGUGUGGCAGGAAGAGGUGCCCCUCAUUGUCAUGCUGACUCAGCUUCGAGAGGGCAAGGAGAAGUGUGUCCACUACUGGCCCAUGGAGGAGGACACCUAUGGCCCCUUCCAGAUCUGCAUCAGAGACAUGAAGGAGUGCCCAGAAUACACCGUGAGGCAUCUCACUAUCCAGCUCCGGGAAGAGUGCCGGGCAGUGAAGCAUGUUCUCUUCUCUGCCUGGCCUGACCACCAGACCCCCGAGUCGGCCGGACCCCUGCUGCGCCUGGUGGCUGAGGUAGAGGACGGCACAGGGACAGAUGGACGGCCUGGCAGCUCGGGGCCCAUCGUGGUCCACUGCAGUGCAGGGAUUGGCCGUACUGGCUGCUUCAUCGCCACCAGAAUUGGCUGCCAGCAGCUGAAGGCCCGAGGAGAGGUGGACAUUCUGGGCAUCGUGUGCCAACUGAGGCUAGACAGCAUGUGUACUUCUGCCCACAGGGGGGGCAUGAUCCAGACCUCAGAGCAGUACCAGUUCCUGCACCGCACCCUAGCCCUGUACGCUGCCCAGCUGCCGGGAGAGCCCAGCCCCUGAGCCCUCCACCUACCACUGCCCAGGCGCCAACUCUCCCCAGAUCUGGGAAGCUGGGUCUGGGUCUGCGGACAGUGAGUCUUAUGAACUGGGGAAUCCCCCCUGGGUGACAUGAGGAAGAGGUGCCCCCAUGAGCAAGGAUGGGGCACAGAUCCCAGGAGGCCACUGUUCAUAGUUCUCUAGUGGCCCCAAAUGGACAGUGGGGGACAUGUCCAGGUCUCUCUGGACUAAAAGAUGGAAUUGGCAUUAAGACAGGCCUGACUGAGAAAGAAGGUACCCUCCUGGUCUUCUCUAAAAUGCCUUGCUGGGACAUGGAUAUGAAGAGCAUGGCUGGUAGGUGGAGCAAUCCCAGAGGUUUCUAGAAGUCAUCCGAACUGUGACCCUUCCCUGGGUUUGGAGACCUUGCUGGUGCCCCGACCAGAAGCCAGCACUGAGAAGACACGAGUGCUAAGCUUGUUCAAGUUCUGAAUGCCCUAUAGUGACUCUCUGCCUCCUCACCCAACAUCUGUGAGGGCCAGAGCCCUUCCCCCCAAAGAGGACCCAGAUUGCCCCUGUGUUUUCACAUAUCCUGGGAGCUGGUGACCAGACCAGACAGCAAAACUCUCUGGAAGAGAGACAGUGCAGACUCUACUGAGAAGCUCAGAGGACUGCCCAGGAUUCUGUGAUUCCAACCAUGCACCUCAGCCACUCCUGAGGGAGCCCCAAAAGCCCUUAGCCUGGCCUCCAGGCCCUUGGAAGCUGCCCUUGGUACCCCAGAAGUUCCACAGGCAGAAGAGAGAAGAGAGAAGUACAACCCUUGUUCAGAAAGAGCUGGGCCUGACCUCAGCCCCCAGCUCCCAGAAGCCCGUCACCCCCUGCAUUGCUCAGCACACCCAGAUCUCAGAUCUCCAGGACACUGCAGGUGAAAGCAUUCCCCGCAGAACUAGGGGUUCAGAUUGAACUGAAUGGAAUCCUCCACAGCCUUCCCCACCCCCAAACAGCUAACUCCCCUCAUCCAGAUCAGUAACACUGCAGCUUCCAGGGCACCCCAGAUUGCUCUCAGUGUUGGGCUGAGCACCCCAGGAAGGCACACAGCUCCCUGAAUCCAGAGUGUGCUGCCUGCUGAGAUGAAGAAAGGCACCGCUUCUCGGGAGUCCCUAGGGUCUGUCUCUGAUGCCAGGAGACAGCCCCUGAGGAACUGAGUCCCACAGAACAGCUGCUCCUCCUCACCUGUGACUUCAUUUCUCAGAAGAUGCAGCAUUAGGCCAAGGUUGAUGGUCUUAAUGCUUCCACUUGGCCUAGCUGCUCCUUAGAGCCUUGGGGGUGGGCUCGCUGCACCCCGCCUUUCCCUAACCCCUGUGUGAGAGAGAGCUACCUGCUCUCUGGCCAGUGACACUGGGCAGAGAGCUCUCAAGUGCUGGCCCCUGCCUGAGCUCAGGUCCCACCAGGGGGGUAGCUAUGGUUUAGGUCCAAGGGCUUCAUUUCCUGGUGCUUCUGCCCCAGCCCCAGCCCAGGACACAGGCACAAGCUCUGGAAAAAUAACCAAAUGAGAAAAUAAAUCCUGGAUGACCAGU